AUGGAUAACCUAAACCUAAAAGAAUUAAAAGCUAAAGCAAAACUAUUAGGAAUAGAAGGUUAUUCUAAAAUGAAAAAACAACAACUAAUUGAUCUCAUUAAUAAUAUACAAGUGAAUCAACCAAAUGCUAGAGAACAACAACUAAUUGAAUUGAUUCAUGGUAUAUUUAAAAAAAUGGAUUUUAAACUGUUACAUCAACUGUAUGAAAGCAAUGAAACAUAUGCUGAUAUGAUUGUUGAUUAUAUUAAAAACAAAAACCCAUUUACUGACUAUCAAUGGGAUAGAAUUUCAAGUCAUCGUGAUUGGGAUCAAGUGUCAAGUUAUCAAACACUGUCAGAAGAUAUAAUAAGAGAAUUUCAAGACAAAGUACACUGGGGUAGAAUAUCACAUCAUCAACAUUUAUCUGAACCAUUCAUUAGAGAAUUUGAAGAUAAAGUAGAUUGGCGAAGUAUAUCAUCUGAACAAAUGUUAUCUGAAGAAUUUAUAAUAGAAUUUCAAGAUAAAGUUCAUUGGGAAUAUAUUUUACUAAAACAAAACCUAUCUGACUCAUUCAUACAAAAACAAAUGUCACCUUAUGAAAUAUUAGAAAAAUCUGAUGAUACUGAAUGUUCUAUAUGUUUAAUUGCUGAUGAUGGACUAUUUGUGAAAACUAAAUGCAAACAUGUGUUUCAUAAAAAAUGUGUUGAUAUAUGGUUAAGAGAAAAUGAUACAUGUCCUAUGUGUAGAAGUAAUAUUAAAAGAAUAUACAUAUAA